AUGGGACAGGUCCGAGUGCCAGUGAAGAGCAUUGCUGACUCGCCUGCGCGUUACUCUCAGCCCGUGUGGCACCAGAUGCGCUCACGCGCUGGCAAACUCAAGGGUCAGGUGCAGCUGCAGCUGUUCUACACAGCGGAGUGGGUCCAUAGGGCCCUCAACGUGCUGGCGUGCACCUGGAAUGUGGGCAAUGCGGAGCCACCGCAGGACCUAAGCACCUGGCUCCAGGCAGGGUGGAGGGGGAGGGGUGGGGGGGAGGGCGUCCAGGCGUUGCAGCACGACCUUGUGGCGAUUGGGGUGCAGGAGUGUCUUUACAAGGUUGGCGCGGGAGCUAUGGACCAGGGGAACCAGGGGCCAGGGGAGGAGUACGGCAUGGCGGGCGGUUCCAACGAAGAGGGGACCAAUGUGUACGAUGCGUAUGCCAGCGGAAUGUACGGCAGCCAUGAUCAUCAUGACAGCAGUAUUCACGCAAACAGGGGUCAAGCUAACGGUCAAGUCAACGGCCAUGCUCAGGGCCUCAACGGCCACCUCAACGGUCAAGUUAACGGCCUUACAAACGGCAACGCUAACCAUAGCAGGGGCAGUAACGCAGAUGCAACCAAAGCGGAAAGCGGACUAAUUUUCAUGGAUUCUGGGCCGCUGCCGCCGCUGGCAUGCCCCACGGCGGCGGCGGCGGCGGCGGCGGCCCUCGCCCACGGCUGUCAGUCCUUUUGCCUCCGUCCGCCGCCGGUGGCGGCGGUAGCAGCAACGGCAGGGAAUUCCGGCCUUUAUGGGUCUGUGCACUGUAAUUUAUCAUCAUCAUCAUCAUCAUCAUCAUCAUCAUCAUCAUCAUCAUCAUCAUCAUCAUCAUCAUCAUCAUCAUCAUCAUCAUCAUCAUCAUCAUCAUCAUCAUCAUCAUCAUCAUCAUCAUCAUCAUCAUCAUCAUCAUCAUCAUCAUUAUCAUCAUCAUCAUUGUUAUUCUCGAGCCACGCAGCCGCGGCCCUCAGCGCCAACAGCAUAGGGAUGUUUUCAAGGCCCAGCUUGAGCAACGCCCCUGCCGGCGCGGGCGGCGGGGCCCCCGGAGGCGGUGCCGGUGGCGGCGGCGGCAACCUGCGCAGCAACGCACCUCAGGGCAAGGUCACACAGCAAACGUACAAGAGCAAGGGUGUUCUGACGGAUAUGGCCAAAGUGGGCGGCGAGUUUCGGGACCUGUGGGAAGAGCGGCUCAAGGAGGCGGUUGGUCCUGGAUACUUCCUGGUCGCCGCGGCCCACAUGGGACAGAUCCGAUUGCUGCUCUUUGCGCGUAACGACGUGUACGCCGCGAUCUCGGACGUGCGGACGUCGAAGCAAGCCACCGGGGUGGCGGGUGUGGCCACGAACAAGGGGGGAGUGGGCAUCAGCUUGAGAGUUUGGGAGACGACUAUUGCUUUCGUGAACAGCCACCUGGCGGCCCAUCAAGAUCGUACACGGCUAGACUACGGCCAGCAGGCCAUCACGCCCACAGAGAGCCCCACGCAGCAGGAUUUCGCAUCUCUGGUGGCGGAGGUUCAGCAAGGGGCGUUUGCGAAGCUGCUGGAGGUGGACCAGUUGCGGCGGGAGAUUACGGCAAAACGCGCCUUCCUGGGGUUUACAGAGGGCCCUAUCAACUUCGAGCCAAGUUUCAAGGUGCUGCGACGGCGUGGCCACGAGUACACCCCCCAGCGGAGCCCAGCCUACUGCGACCGCGUCCUCUAUCGAUCUAAUCUGCCUCUGAAGCAGAUCCGAGUUGUGUCGUACUUCAGCGCCUCGGAUAUCGCUACCUCGGACCACAAACCCAUUGGUGCCGCACUUGUCGUACCAACGGUACGGCUCGUAUUCACACGGCUCCGGGCUCACGGUCUCUUCAUGUUGCGGUCCAGGCGGAGGUCGGCGGUGUCGGUGUCGGCGGAGUUCCCAAGUCCCCAGCUGCUGCUGUCCGCGCCAUGCAUGCGCGAGGCAGUCGUUCGCUCCAGGGUAUCUCCGCAAACUCGGGAACCUCUGUGGGCAGACGUCGAACAGAGCGGACUGGGCCCGCUGGUGGUGGAUUUAAAAAUGGCGUCGUUGGCGGAAAUGGCGCACUUCCGCUUGUGGGUCCGAGUACUGGAUCUCCGGGGCGCGGAGAAGGGCGCGAAAAGCGGCAGCAACGGCAACGGCGGCGGCGGCGGCGUCAAGGGGGGAAAGGGCGAGGCGGGUGGCGGUGGUGGCGGCAAGGGAGAUGGCGGUGAGUCCAAAGGGUGGUUCGAGCUUCUUUGGUUUAUCGCGUUGGCGUCGGAUGCCAGCGGCGUAGCGCCCUUCCAGGUGAUGCUCGAGCUGCACGGCUUGCCCGCAGGGACACUGGAGGGGAACAUGAGACUGGAGGUUGUAGAUCGCGCCAAGGCCCCAGAUCGGACCCAUGGUUCUAUGCCGCGCUCCGGCUUGUACGACAUCGUAAAUGACAGUUUUGGGACGCGCGGUUCGGCGGGGGCCUCCGGCUUCAUGAAGAAAACAUCGUCACGUCGGUCAAGUACGGGAUACGGAUACGGCGCUGCUGCGGAGAGUAAUUCCGCCACUGUAGAUUCCGGUCGUGGCGGCGAGGUGGCGGCGGCGGUUGCUAACGCUGGCGUCAUCGCGGGUGGCGGCGACAGCGGCGGCGGCGGCUUCAUAUCAAAGCUGCGCCGUACGUGGACCACCAGCGCCGUCGCGCCACAGCACAUCCCGCUACUGCCGCCGCAGCCAUUGUACGAAGCAGGCGAAACCUGAUCGACGUCUCCCGCCGCCGCGGCUUGUGACCCGAGCUCUUGCGAGACCUUGGCGUCGGUAGAAAAGUUGAAAGGACUCUGAACUCCGCUGCUGCUGCGCUGAGCUGGGUAGCGCAACACCUUGAAAUGAUAAUAUACGGUUGGCUUCCGUCAAUCUGGUUGUCGGUUAUUUCAGUUGCCAAAAGUAUGGAAAAAACUUUUGUAUCACGGGAGGGAGUACAAGCCUUCUCACCUCCUCUUUGCGCGGUUGAUGUUAGGUUUUCUUGUUAGUUGUUAAGUCGUUAACUUUACUCGUGGACGAUCAUUUGAGAUACGGAUAAUGUACGACCUUCCGGCGCCGCCUAGGCUCUGGAUAACUAUUUAAGUCGUUGUUGUUGUUUAGUUUGUUAUGUCAUCAUUGUUACAUCUUGUAGGUUGUUAGCUGGCUUAAGUCGCUCGGCCCUCUUUGUAAUCAUCGUGGCAUCCC